AUGCUAUUUUCACGUCUCUUCCGAGGCCUUUGCCUUGCUGCUUUAGGCAGCAAGGCUGUCGAGGGCGCUUCUGUCAACAAGCCACACCUCGCCGAGAGAGCUUCCUCAAGCGAUCGUCUUGUCUUUGCCCACUUUAUGAUUGGAAUUGUCGGCAACAGACAAAGCUCAGCCGAAUAUGACGAUGAUAUGAAGCGAGCCAAAGACGCUGGUAUUGAUGCCUUUGCUCUCAACAUUGGCGUUGAUGACUACACGGACACCCAGCUUGACUAUGCAUACGACUCUGCCAAUCGCAAUGGCAUGAAGGUUUUUAUCUCAUUCGACUUCCACUUCUGGCCCGUCGGCAAUGCAAACGCUGUCGGACAGAAAGUGAAGAAGUACGGCGACAAGCCGGCUCAGCUACGCGUUGACGACAGGGUUUUUGUCUCCAGUUUCGCGGGAGACGGGCUUGAUGCAAACGCUGUUAGAAGUGCUUCUGGUUCUAAUAUCUUCUUCGUUCCCAACUUUACUCCUUGGGGAGGAAAGACUGAUGGAAUUGAUGGCGCAUUGAACUGGAUGGGGUGGCCGAAUGACGGUAACAACAAGGCGCCUAAGGAUGGCAAGAGUGUUAGUGUUGCAGAUGGCGACAAUAACUACGUGAAGUUUCUCGGUAACAAGAAAUACAUGGCCCCUGUCUCGCCCUGGUUCUUCACCCACUAUGGCCCCGAGAACUGGGUCUUUCCAAGUGGUUCUCUCAUCUUCGACCGCUGGAAUGAAGUGCUCCAAAAGGGUUUCCCCAUGGUCGAAAUCCUCACCUGGAACGACUACGGCGAGUCUCACUACAUCGGCCCUCUCAAGAAUAAGCAUACCGACGACGGAGCAUCCAAAUGGUCCAAUGACAUGCCCCAUAACGGCUGGCUCGAUCUUUCAAAGCCCUUUAUUGCCGCGUACAAGAACAAGGAUACCAAUGUCGCCAAGUACAUACAGAAGGAUCAGCUUGUCUAUUGGUACCGCCGCACCCUCAAGGGUCUUAACUGUGAUGCUACCGACACGACUUCUGGUCGAGCGCCUCCCAACCCUAGCGAGAACUAUUUCCAGGGUCGUCCUGACGGAUGGCAGUCGAUGGAGGAUGCCGUCUACGUUGUCAGCUUGCUCAAGUCCGCUGGUACCGUGGUUAUCAAGUCAGGAGGCAACACUGUUACCAAGGAGGUUCCUGCUGGAGCUACUCUGAUCAAGGUCGACGCAGCCGUUGGCAAGCAGACAUUCACCCUCAAGCGCGGUAGCACCGAGGUUCUCUCAGACACUUCCCUGAUGGAUAUCACUAAUGUCUGUCCUUGCGGAUUAUACAACUUCAACGCUUACGUCGGUACCGUUGCUGCUGGCUUCUCCGAUCCUAUGGACAGUGCUGGUCUCGCGUCCCUCACUGUCGGUCUACGCGUCUCGACUUGCCAGCCCAAGCCAUCUCUCGGAACAAACCCUGCCUCGCCAACACAGGCAAGCGACCCGCCCACUGUGACAAACCCUGGCAGCGGCAACGGCAACGCAUGUAUUGAGGGUACUUUUGCUGACGGUCAAAGUGAAAAUUACACGGGUCUCUGUUCGUACACUUGUGGUUAUAACUAUUGCCCUCCCGGUCCCUGCAAGUGCACCAAGUACGGUUCAGCUGUGUCACCUCCGGCGACGAACGGUCGUGCGGGAUGUCCUGCUACUGGCCUUGAUGAUUCCUACAAGGGACUGUGUGAUUAUACUUGUAACCAUGGAUACUGUCCUCCUGGUGCUUGUAGAUAUUGCUAA